AUGGAGGUGGAGCAGGAGCAGGAGAAGGAGACAGAAAUGAAGAUGGCUCUUGAUUGUCCUCCGAUCUAUGCACUGCCUGAAGAAAUAAAAAAGAUGGAGCACAGUGAGACAGUGUGCCAAUACUGUGGUGUAAGCUACCUCAUUUACCACGAGUUCCAUCAGCUCCACAAACGACUGACUCAGUUGGAGACUGAGCUCCAAGAACAGAGAGAGAGCGCCCAGAGGGAGAAGGCCCAGCAAGAGGCACUGGAGAUGGGCAGGCUGGAGUGGGAGAGGGCACUUCACCUGGAGGCGCAGAGACAAGCAGAAGAGAGAGAGAUCAUUGUGAGAGAUGUGCUGGAAGAGAAGAUCAGAGACACGGAGAGAGUUCUGAAAGAGGAGUUUGAGGAAAGAAAGGAAAGAGAGAGGAGGGAGAUGGAAGAGGAG